AUGAAUAGAUACACAACGAUCAAGCAACUUGGGGAUGGAACCUAUGGUUCCGUCCUACUGGGACGAAGCAUUGAGUCUGGGGAGCUGAUUGCUAUUAAAAAAAUGAAAAGAAAGUUUUAUUCCUGGGAGGAAUGCAUGAACCUUCGGGAGGUUAAGUCUUUAAAGAAGCUCAACCACGCCAAUGUUGUAAAAUUAAAAGAAGUUAUCAGGGAAAAUGAUCAUCUUUAUUUUAUCUUCGAGUACAUGAAGGAAAAUCUUUACCAGCUCAUUAAAGAAAGAAAUAAGUUGUUUCCUGAAUCUGCUAUAAGGAAUAUCAUGUAUCAGAUAUUACAAGGACUUGCAUUUAUUCACAAACACGGCUUCUUUCAUAGGGACUUAAAGCCUGAGAACCUCCUCUGCAUGGGCCCAGAGCUUGUGAAAAUUGCAGACUUCGGGUUGGCCCGAGAGAUCCGAUCAAGACCCCCAUACACAGACUAUGUAUCCACCAGAUGGUACAGGGCUCCAGAAGUGCUCCUGAGGUCUACCAACUACAGCUCCCCCAUUGACAUCUGGGCAGUGGGCUGCAUCAUGGCAGAAGUGUACACCCUCAGGCCACUCUUCCCUGGGGCCAGUGAAAUUGACACCAUCUUCAAAAUUUGCCAACUGUUGGGGACACCAAAAAAGACCGACUGGCCUGAAGGCUACCAACUUUCAAGUGCAAUGAACUUCCGCUGGCCCCAGUGCGUACCCAAUAACUUAAAGACCCUGAUUCCAAAUGCUAGCAGUGAAGCCAUUCAACUCCUGAGAGACAUGCUUCAGUGGGAUCCCAAGAAACGGCCAACAGCUAGUCAGGCGCUUCGAUAUCCUUACUUCCAGAUUGGGCAUCCGCUGGGCAGCACCACACAGAGCCUUCAGGAUUCAGGAAAACCACAGAAGGAUGUCCUGGAAAAGGCAGGCCCACCUCCUCACAUUAAGCCGAUCCCACCUGCCCAGCCCCCAACCAAGCCACACACACGGAUUUCUUCGAGACAGCAUCAGGCCAGCCAGCCCCCUCAGCAUCUCAUGUACCCCUACAAAACAGAGGCUUCCAGGACAGACCACCUGAACCAUCUUCCAGAGGACAAGCCAAGCCCGUUGCUCUUCCCGUCCCUCCAUACCAAGAAUCCUCAGUCGAAAAUGCUGGCUGGCCUGGAACACAAAAAUGGGGAGAUCAAGCCAAAGAGUAGGAGAAGGUGGGGUCUUGUGUCCCGGUCCACAAAGGAUUCCGAUGACUGGGCUGACUUGGAUGACUUGGAUUUCAGUCCAUCCCUCAGCAGGAUGGACCUGAAAAACAAGAAGAGACAGAGCGAAGAGACCCUCUGCAGAUUUGAGAGUGUUUUGGACCUGAAGCCCUCUGAGCCCAUCGGUACAGGAAAUAGCGCCCCCACCCAGACCUCUUAUCAGAGGCGAGACACCCCGACCCUGAGGUCCGCGGCCAAGCAGCACUACUUGAAGCACUCCCGAUACUUGCCUGGAAUAAAUAUAAGAAAUGGCAUACUUCCAAAUCCAGGCAAGGAUUUCAUUCCAUCUAACCCAUGGUCUAGUUCUGGUUUGUCUGGAAAAUCUUCAGGGACAGUAUCGGUAAUCAGCAAAAUAAAUUCAGUUGGUUCCAGCUCUACAAGUUCUAGUGGACUGACUGGAAACUAUAUCCCCUCCUUUCUAAAAAAAGAAGUUGGUUCUGCUAUGCAGAGGGUACACUUGGCACCUAUUCCAGACCCUUCCCCUGGCUAUUCUUCCCUGAAGGCCAUGAGACCUCAUCCUGGGCGACCUUUUUUCCACACCCAGCCUAGAAGCACUCCCGGGUUGAUGCCCCGGCCUCCGGCUGCCCAGCCAGUGCAUGGCCGGACGGACUGGGCUUCUAAGUACGCGUCUCGGCGAUGA